AUGGCAUUGGGCACCAGCAUCGGCUUCAUAGUCAGUCCCAAGGAAAGCCAGAAUACAUACAUGGCGUUGAAGCAGCCCCCAUACCGACCUCCUCCCCAGGUCUUCGGUCCAAUGUGGACGGCUCUUUACGGGCUCAUGGGAUACUCUGCAUACAGAGCUUGGGAUACUGGGAUGUCAUCGCUGAACCCAAACGUUGUUGCAUUGACCAAACAAGGAGCAACACUCUUCACCAUCCAGCUUGGCCUCAAUCUCAUCUGGAUGCCCCUCUUCUUCCGCCUUAAGCGUCCCAUCGAAGCUACAGCGGAUAUCGUCGCCUUGACGGGUGUUACGGGAUACCUAACCUACAUCUGGUCAAAGGUCGAUCCAGUCGCUGCAUGGGGUCUUGCCCCAUAUCUGGGAUGGUUGGGAUUUGCUACAUACUUGAGCGCUGGUACCGGCUACCUCAACGGCUGGGACUUCUCGGACAAGGAGACAGAUGCACCCACCGACCGUGGCUCCGGAGCUAGCACCAAAUACGUCAACGAAAAGUCCGACUAG